CGCGGCCGGCCCCGGCAUGGAGAAGCGGGCGGCCGCGGGGCUGGAGGGGGCGCCGGGCGCCCGGGCGCAGCUCGCCGUCGUCUGCCUGGUGAACCUCUUUCUCACGGGAAAGCUCAGCAGUGCAGUUCCAGCUCUAGCUGCCUGCAGUGGGAAGCUGGAGCAGCACACAGAACGGCGCGGUGUCAUCUACAGCCCGGCCUGGCCCCUCAACUACCCACCAGGCACCAACUGCAGCUGGUACAUCCAAGGCGACCGUGGGGACAUGAUUACCAUCAGUUUCCGCAACUUUGAUGUGGAGGAGUCCCAUCAGUGCUCCCUGGACUGGCUCCUGCUGGGUCCAGCGGCCCCGCCUCGACAAGAGGCCUUCCGGCUCUGCGGCUCUGCCAUCCCGCCGGCCUUCAUCUCUGCCCGGGACCAUGUCUGGAUCUUCUUCCACUCAGACGCUUCUAGCUCUGGCCAAGCCCAGGGCUUCCGCCUCUCCUACAUCAGAGGGAAGUUGGGCCAGGUGUCCUGCCAGCCAGAUGAAUUCCGCUGUGACAACGGCAAGUGCCUUCCAGGCCCGUGGCAGUGCAACACUGUGGAUGAGUGUGGAGAUGGCUCUGAUGAGGGCAACUGCUCUGCCCCUGCCUCUGAGCCUCCAGGCAGCCUGUGCCCUGGGGGCACCUUUCCCUGCAGUGGGGCACGGUCCACGCGCUGCCUGCCUGUGGAGCGGCGCUGCGACGGCACACAGGACUGCGGCGACGGUUCUGAUGAGGCUGGCUGCCCCGACCUGGCAUGCGGUCGGCGGCUGGGCAGCUUCUACGGCUCCUUCGCCUCCCCAGACCUGUUUGGUGCGGCCCGCGGGCCCUCGGACCUUCACUGCACGUGGCUGGUGGACACACAGGACCCUCGCCGUGUGCUGCUGCAGCUGGAGCUGCGGCUGGGUUACGACGACUACGUGCAGGUGUAUGAGGGCCUGGGCGAGCGCGGGGACCGCCUGCUGCAGACGCUGUCUUACCGCAGCAACCACCGGCCGGUGAGCCUCGAGGCCGCGCAGGGCCGCCUCACUGUGGCCUACCAUGCCCGCGCCCGCAGCGCUGGCCAUGGCUUCAAUGCCACCUACCAGGUGAAGGGCUACUGCCUCCCGUGGGAGCAGCCGUGCGGGAGCAGCAGCGAGGGGGAUGACAGUGGCACCGGAGACCAGGGUUGCUUCUCAGAGCCGCAGCGCUGUGAUGGCUGGUGGCACUGUGCCAGCGGCCGGGAUGAGCAGGGCUGCCCCGCCUGCCCACCCGACCAAUACCCCUGCGAGGGUGGCAGUGGCCUCUGCUAUGCACCUGCUGACCGCUGCAACAACCAGAAAAGCUGCCCAGAUGGCGCCGACGAGAAGAACUGCUUCUCCUGCCAGCCCGGCACCUUCCACUGCGGGACCAACCUGUGUAUUUUUGAGACGUGGCGGUGUGACGGCCAGGAGGACUGCCAGGACGGCAGCGAUGAGCACGGCUGCCUGGCCGCUGUGCCCCGCAAGGUCAUCACCGCUGCCCUCAUCGGCAGCCUGGUGUGUGGCCUGCUGCUUGUCAUCGCCCUGGGCUGCGCGUUCAAGCUCUACUCACUGCGCACGCAGGAGUACAGGGCCUUCGAGACCCAGAUGACGCGCUUAGAGGCUGAGUUUGUGCGGCGGGAGGCACCCCCAUCCUACGGUCAGCUCAUUGCACAGGGCCUCAUCCCACCCGUGGAGGAUUUUCCUGUCUACAGUGCAUCCCAGGCCUCGGUGCUACAGAACCUUCGCACAGCCAUGCGGAGACAGAUGCGCCGGCACGCUUCCCGCCGGGGCCCCUCCCGCCGCCGUCUGGGCCGCCUCUGGAACCGGCUUUUUCACCGGCCACGGGCACCUCGGGGCCAGAUUCCACUGCUGACUGCUGCACGCACAUCACAGACGGUGCUGGGCGACGGGCUCCUCCAGCCUGCACCUGGGGCCGCCCCGGAUCCCCCAGCAUCCCACACAGACACAGGCAGCCCCAGAGCAGCUGGGGAUGGACCUCCCAGUGCCCCUGGUCAUGCACCAGAGGUGGGAACUUCAGUGUCACCCCCGCCCUCGGGCCUGCGAGACCCAGAGUAUGGGCCUGUGAACAAGGACAGAAAGGCCUGUAGGGAACCUCUGGUGGAUAGCCCGGCCCCUCAGGACACAAUUCCUGAGCCCUGCUUGGCCCAGGACCCUUACCCCCAGGCUCCCACUGCCAGCAGCACCCCAGACCCCCACUCCCCAGAGCCACUGGAGGUCUGCAGGAGCUCCCCACCACCCUGCUCCCCAACACUGGAGGCCAGUGACGAUGAGGCUCUGCUGGUCUGCUGACCCACAACACAUGCUGGUGACCGCCAUAGCCCCGCUUUGUAACCAGGGAAUACACAGUCAUUUCUA